GAACACGAAAAUUUAGGGAUACCAUACAAGCUGCCUACAGUUUUGCAUAGAGGAACCAACUGCCUAUUCGCCUGCAGGAUCAGAUGCUUGAUCAUUUGUGUCUGAAGUUCAAGACAGAUGCAGAGGGACUCCAGCAACAAGAGACUCUUGAUUCACUUCCUAAAGCCAUCCGUUCAAGUGUCUCACAUUAUCUGUUUUACUCUCUUGUCGAUAAGGUGUACUUGUUUCAUGGGGUUUCAAAUGACUUGCUUUUUCAGUUGGUCUCAGAGAUGAAAGCCGAGUACUUUCCUCCCAAAGAAGACAUAAUAUUGCAGAAUGAAGCACCUACAGAUUUCUACAUACACAACUGGUGCUGCGGUAAUCUCCAAAUUCUUCCCCAAUGAUCUAAAAUCACAAAACUGUUUUGAACAGAUGUAGGAGUAAGGAGACUUGGCUUGUUUGGUUGGUAUGCCCGAUGCGAAACAACUUUUUGAAUCAGGAGAAAACCAGAAGAUGAAUCCAGAGGCCAUGCCACUCGGUGCUGCUUUGUGUAGAACUGAUCAAAGUCGCUCGGAGUUGAUCUGAAAUAGCUCCGUGAUAUGUGAAUCUUAUAUCGAUCCCAUCGGACUUCUCUUUUUCUUUUUUCUUUUUUAAUCCCAGAACCUAGAGUUAGACACAUAUAUACCAAUAAAAUAACAGAUGUGUGGUUAUACAAGUAAAAUGUUAUUAUUAUGACUAAAUUGUCGUUGAGACCCUUUGAUGUAACGAGGAUGUUUAUGUUGUAAAUCAUGUUCUUUAACAAGUUUUAAGUUAUGUGAC